GCUUCCUCUUUAACGUGGAAAUCAAACGAGGUUUGAGCCUCGUGUAAAGGGGAUUCUAUUUACUGAUUUGUGUCGUUCUUCGCCGUAAAAGACAAGAUGUUUUCCAGAUUUUCCGAAACAGCAAAGAACAGUCCGUUCGCGGCUCCAUUCAGUGUAGCGAAAUGUUCAUCAGAGUCAACUCCAGCGCCCAGGCGGCGAACAAGAGUCAUGGCGUCUCCGAAUACCGAUGGUGACCAGUACAGCUGUGAGUUUGGCAGUGCAACAUAUUACGCAUAUUGUGGGUUUGGUGGAAUCCUAAGCUGUGGUCUUACUCAUACUGCCGUCGUGCCACUUGAUCUCGUCAAAUGCAGAAUUCAGGUGGACCCAGGGAAGUAUGGUAACAUUGUGAAAGGUUUCAAAGUCACAGUAAAAGAAGAUGGAUUACGAGGACUCUCCAAGGGUUGGGCCCCGACUUUUAUUGGUUAUUCUAUGCAGGGGCUGUGCAAGUUUGGCUUCUAUGAAGUAUUUAAGAUCCUUUAUGGUAAUAUGCUUGGUGAGGAAAAGAGCUACCUGUUCCGAACCUCUCUGUACCUCGCCGCAUCAGCUAGUGCAGAGUUCUUCGCCGACAUUGCCCUGGCUCCGAUGGAAGCUGUUAAAGUCCGUAUCCAGACACAGCCUGGCUGGGCCAACACCCUGCGAGAGGGAGCUCCCAAGCUGUGGGCAGAGGAGGGAAUCAGGGGGUUCUACAAAGGCCUUCCUCCCUUGUGGAUGAGACAGAUUCCAUACACCAUGAUGAAGUUUGCUUGCUUUGAGCGCACUGUUGAGUUUCUGUACAAACACGUUGUACCCAAGCCAAGGAGCGAGUGCUCCAAACCUGAGCAACUUGUUGUCACAUUUGCAGCUGGUUACAUUGCUGGUGUUUUCUGUGCUAUUGUAUCUCAUCCUGCUGACACAGUGGUGUCCAAGCUCAAUAACGAUGUCGGAAGCACGCCUAUUCAAGCUGCGCGUGAGUUGGGAAUGAAAGGUCUGUGGAAGGGACUCGGUCCUCGUAUCAUCAUGAUUGGUACUCUGACAGCCCUGCAGUGGUUCAUCUACGACUCAGUGAAGGUGUUCUUCCGCCUUCCCCGUCCCCCACCCCCAGAGGAACCCGAGAGCCUCAAGAAGAAACGCCUCUUGAAGCAGGCUCAACAAGCGGCCUAAAAUUUGAAUCGGCUUUCUAUCCUUUUCUGACCCGUGUGGAUAAUACAGCUCCAGAUGUAACGCACGUGUAUUUAAUAUUAAUUAAGGAAAUGAACAGUGACCGGAUUUAAGUGCCUGUACUCUGCAGAUCUCGUAUAGCACUUGUAUAGAUCUGCGAGAAGUUGAAUCAUAUAUGAUGCGUGGUAUUUGCGUAGUGAAAUUGAAUAGCUGUACUCGUUUUUAUGGUCAACUGGAUUUGACAAUAGUAAAGCUACUUUUACUACUUUCC